ACCCACCCAUAGUGGCAGACACAGUCUCAAUCUAUGGGAUUUUCUUUCUAGUCCCAGGGGCAUCCCCGUUUAUUUAUUUCUUUUAGUCGUGCAUCCCCGGGAAGCGUCGGGACCCAUGGAUGCCUGGGUUGUCUUCCUCCUUUUGCUUGCCUUACCUCCUCUGCUCUUGCUCCGUGCCUGCUCCCUUAGCUCCUUUCUCCUCCGACUCUCACCUUGAGAAACGAAGCCGGGGAGGGAUGAGAGAGGGAGCCAACUUCAGCCCCGCAGGCGGCUGAGAUUUGGCGCCUCUGCCCCCAAAGCGGUCAGGUUUGAAUGUACUUGCAGGAGCACUGGUUGCAAGGCGAAGAGAAUGAGGAUGGAGGGCUGGUGGGAAGCGUCCAGCUCACCGCUGCCACCACGACUCCCAUUGUACCUUUCAUCAGUUUACCUUGACGCACCGGUGAAGAAGGGGACUCAAAUUCCCCUAGAAACGCCUCCAGGGCGUGGAGGUGGUCGUGGAGGACCAGGAGGAGGAGGCGGAGGGGAAGGAGGCGGGAGCGCAGGAGGCGAAGGCGUUGAACGCGCGGCGUUGGCGAGCGGGACCCAGCCGGGAGAGGCAGGCUUCGGGCGUUUCCGCAGCACGCGCCCAGAGCCGGCUGGCGCGGCCAGCGUGGGAACGAGGCUGGCCGCCGUGGACCGCGUCCUCAGCACAAUGGUCCGGCUCCUCUUGGUUUUCUUCCCAGCGAUCUUUUUGGAGACGUCCCUUUUCCCCAGAGGCACCAGCAGAAAAGUGUUGCUGGCAGGAGCCUCGUCUCAGCGCUCGGUGGCCAGAAUGGACGGAGAUGUCAUCAUUGGGGCCCUCUUCUCAGUCCACCACCAGCCUCCGGCCGAGAAGGUGCCCGAGAGGAAGUGUGGGGAGAUCAGGGAGCAGUAUGGCAUCCAGAGGGUGGAAGCCAUGUUCCACACGUUGGAUAAGAUUAACGCGGACCCGGUGCUCCUGCCCAACAUCACCCUGGGCAGUGAGAUCCGGGACUCCUGCUGGCACUCCUCCGUGGCUCUGGAGCAGAGUAUUGAGUUCAUCAGGGACUCUCUGAUUUCCAUUCGAGACGAGAGGGAUGGGGUCAACCGGUGCUUGCCUGACGGCCAGUCCCUCCCCCCAGGCAGGACUAAGAAGCCCAUUGCGGGCGUGAUCGGCCCGGGCUCCAGCUCCGUAGCCAUUCAAGUGCAGAACCUGCUCCAGCUCUUCGACAUCCCCCAGAUCGCAUAUUCUGCCACGAGCAUCGACCUGAGUGACAAAACUUUGUACAAAUACUUCCUGAGGGUUGUGCCUUCUGACACUUUGCAGGCAAGGGCGAUGCUUGACAUAGUCAAGCGUUACAAUUGGACCUAUGUCUCUGCAGUCCACACAGAAGGGAAUUAUGGGGAGAGCGGAAUGGAUGCUUUCAAAGAGCUGGCUGCCCAGGAAGGCCUCUGCAUCGCCCAUUCAGACAAAAUCUACAGCAAUGCUGGGGAGAAGAGCUUUGACCGACUCCUGCGCAAGCUCCGAGAGCGGCUUCCCAAGGCCAGAGUGGUGGUCUGCUUCUGUGAAGGCAUGACCGUCCGAGGCCUCCUGAGCGCCAUGAGGCGCCUUGGCGUGGUGGGCGAGUUCUCACUCAUCGGAAGUGAUGGAUGGGCAGACAGAGAUGAAGUCAUUGAAGGUUAUGAGGUGGAAGCCAACGGAGGAAUCACGAUAAAGCUGCAGUCUCCAGAGGUCAGGUCAUUUGAUGAUUAUUUCCUGAAGCUGAGGCUGGACACUAAUACGAGGAACCCCUGGUUCCCUGAGUUCUGGCAACAUCGGUUCCAGUGCCGCCUACCAGGACACCUUCUGGAAAAUCCCAACUUUAAAAGAAUCUGCACAGGCAAUGAAAGCUUAGAAGAAAACUAUGUCCAGGACAGUAAGAUGGGGUUUGUCAUCAACGCCAUCUACGCCAUGGCGCAUGGGCUGCAGAACAUGCACCACGCCCUCUGCCCGGGCCAUGUGGGCCUCUGCGAUGCCAUGAAGCCCAUCGACGGCAGCAAACUCCUGGACUUCCUCAUCAAGUCCACAUUCAUUGGUGUGUCUGGAGAGGAGGUGUGGUUUGAUGAGAAAGGAGAUGCUCCUGGAAGGUACGAUAUCAUGAAUCUGCAAUACACUGAAGCUAACCGCUACGACUAUGUACAUGUCGGAACCUGGCAUGAAGGGGUGUUGAACAUCGAUGAUUACAAAAUCCAAAUGAACAAGAGCGGGAUGGUCCGGUCUGUGUGCAGUGAGCCUUGCUUAAAGGGUCAGAUUAAGGUCAUACGGAAAGGAGAAGUGAGUUGCUGCUGGAUUUGUACGGGCUGCAAAGAGAAUGAAUACGUGCAAGAUGAGUUCACCUGCAAAGCCUGUGACUUGGGGUGGUGGCCCAACGCAGAUCUAACAGGCUGUGAACCCAUUCCUGUCCGCUAUCUUGAGUGGAGCAAUAUAGAAUCCAUCAUCGCCAUCGCCUUUUCCUGUCUGGGCAUCCUUGUCACCUUGUUUGUCACCCUCAUCUUUGUGCUGUACCGGGACACACCAGUGGUCAAAUCCUCCAGUCGGGAGCUCUGCUACAUUAUCCUCGCUGGCAUCUUCCUUGGUUAUGUGUGCCCUUUCACUCUCAUUGCCAAACCUACCACCACGUCCUGCUACCUCCAGCGCCUCCUGGUUGGCCUCUCCUCUGCCAUGUGCUACUCUGCUUUAGUGACCAAAACCAACCGCAUCGCACGCAUCCUAGCUGGCAGCAAGAAGAAGAUCUGCACCCGGAAGCCAAGGUUCAUGAGCGCCUGGGCCCAGGUGAUCAUUGCUUCAAUCUUGAUUAGUGUGCAGCUAACCCUGGUGAUAACUCUGAUCAUCAUGGAGCCCCCCAUGCCCAUUCUGUCCUACCCAAGUAUCAAGGAAGUCUACCUUAUCUGCAAUACCAGCAACCUGGGUGUGGUGGCCCCUCUGGGCUACAAUGGACUCCUCAUCAUGAGCUGUACCUACUAUGCCUUCAAGACCCGCAAUGUGCCCGCCAACUUCAAUGAGGCCAAAUACAUUGCAUUCACCAUGUACACCACUUGCAUCAUCUGGCUGGCUUUUGUGCCCAUUUACUUUGGGAGCAACUACAAGAUCAUCACUACCUGCUUUGCAGUGAGCCUCAGUGUAACGGUGGCCCUGGGGUGCAUGUUCACUCCCAAGAUGUACAUCAUUAUUGCCAAGCCCGAGAGGAACGUCCGCAGUGCCUUCACCACAUCUGAUGUAGUCCGCAUGCACGUUGGCGAUGGCAAGCUGCCCUGCCGCUCCAACACUUUCCUCAACAUUUUCCGAAGGAAGAAAUCGGGGUCAGGGAAUGCCAAUUCUAAUGGCAAGUCUGUGUCAUGGUCUGAACCAGGUGGAAGACAGGUGCCCAAGGGACAGCAUAUGUGGCACCGCCUCUCUGUGCACGUGAAGACCAGUGAGACGGCCUGCAACCAAACAGCCGUCAUCAAGCCCCUCACUAAAAGUUACCAAGGCUCCGGCAAGAGCCUUACCUUUUCAGAUACCAGCACCAAGACCCUUUACAACGUGGAGGAGGAGGACGCCCGGCCGAUUGGCUUCAGCCCUCCCAGCAGUCCCUCUAUGGUGGUGCACCGACGCGUGCCCACCGCGGGCAGCACCCCGCCUUUGCCGCCCCACCUGACCACAGAGGAGACCCCCCUCUUCCUGGCCGACCCAGCCAUCCCCAAGGGCUUACCCCCUCCCCUCCAGCAGCCGCCGCCGCCGCCACCGCAGCCGCAGCAGCAACCGCCACCUCAGAAAUCCCUGAUGGAUCAGCUACAGGGAGUGGUCAACAAUUUCAGCACCGCGAUCCCGGAUUUCAACGCGGUGCUCUCAGUCCCCGGGGGUCCAGGGAACGGGAUGCGCUCGCUGUACCCGCCCCCUGCGCCCCCGCAGCACCUGCAAAUGCUCCCACUGCAGCUGAGCACCUUCGGGGAGGAGCCCGCCUCCCCCACAGCAGAGGAUGAGGACGAGGACGACAGCGAGAGGUUUAAGCUCCUCCAGGAGUACUUGUAUGAGCGGGAAGGGAACACAGAGGAAGAUGAACUGGAAGAGGAAGAGGAGGACCUGCAGGUGGCCAGCAAACCGACCCCAGAGGAUUCUCCCGCCCUGACGCCUCCGUCGCCUUUCCGCGACUCGGUGGCCUCUGGGAGCUCGGUGCCCAGCUCCCCCGUGUCCGAGUCGGUGCUCUGCACCCCUCCCAACGUGACCUACGCCUCUGUCAUCCUGAGGGACUAUAAACAAAGCUCUUCCACCCUGUAGGGAGGAGGCGUCCACAUGGAAAAGCAAGAGAAGCCCGGAGCACCAGCAGCUCCGGAGAUGAGCUGAAAGCUGGGAGGAUAGGCUGGGGGUGGAGGGCGAGUCAGGAGGGAGGAACAGAACGUUGCUGCUGCCUUAAGUACGGCCGGAGGGAAAGAUGCUGUACUCUGCAAGCAAGAAGUGAUCCAGGGGAAGAUUCCGAUUCUUGAAUUACUCAUAGCCUUCUCUGGGAAGAAAGGGAAUUCUGACAAAGCACAAUCCCAUAUAGUAUGUAACAUUUAUUGCAAAAAUAAAUAAAUAAAAUAAACAAAAGUAAUCUCUUUUGGACAGUUGUGCAUAGAUAGACAUGCCCACACACACUUGGCCAGUUUGGGAACGGAUAGCACAUGAGGAUGAUCCAGGGGAACCCUUAGUUCACCUCAUGGUAUCCAUGGUCUUCCUCAUGAGCGUGGUGGAGCCAGAGCAGGUGGGUGAAAGGAGGGCAGGGAUGGAACCACCCAGAGAACAGACGAUGGGACCGCAGCUCAUUUCUCCCAAGCCCUUCUCUCUACUGGGCCCACAGACUCCUGGUCUUCAGGAGACACGGGAACUGGUCAAAAUAGGGGCCUUUCUUCACCCACUGCACCCGAUCCAGUGCCAGCCUUGCUGUCACACUUGAAGAAAGGUGCACGGACACCCUGCUGCUCUGUGGUUUCCCUCUACUGAGGAAACAGGAAUACGAGAAAAAUAUCACCAAGAAGUGCUUCAUCAGGAGUGCUAAGGGAAGAUGGAAGGAGGGCAAGACAAUGCAUAAGCAGGAUGCUUUGAACAAAACCGGUCAGCACAAUCAGCUUCCCAAAUUUGAUACUCGCUUAUUGGUGAUUUUGGAAAAAUGGCCAGAACAAGAGAUUGCUUUGAGUGGCAGAGGACCUUUUGUGGAUUAACUUGUGUUUGUGCCAAGGGGGCUCUCCUUUGCCCUUCAGUUCAAGAGAACAAACCAAGUGGCAAAAUCGUUACCUUCCAUUUACUGUAGCAAAUAAUACUUACCAGUUGAACUUCCAAGAUGCAGUAUGUGUAUUUGGUGCCAUUGUUUCUCCUAUGUACUACAAACAAAUCCAUCUUCGAACUUAAUGGUGUACGCAUAGCAAAAGUAUUGGUUUAAAUGACAAAUAGUUGUUUCUUUUUGUCGCCGAAGUCCCUUUAGCUAGCGAGUGAAUGUGUCCUGUGUCCUUGUAUACACGUGGAUAAUAAAAUUUGUGCAAUGUAAUGUCAAUCUAACUGCAACUAGAAGAUUGUCUUUCCAAUAUAGUAUAGAUAUUUUUAUGUUUCAAUAAUGUUUUAUAUACCAUUGCCACCAAUAUCUCCAUGAGCUCUUUGAAGAUUUGAGUACUGUGGGCCAAUGCUUUCCAUAUGCUGCUCGAUGGUCCUUCCUCUUUUAAGAGGGAACUUAUUUUUCAGGUAUUUUAUGAUGUUAAUGAUGGAAAUACAUUAUUAAUGAAGUGGUUUGAAAAUUUGUUAUAUUAAAAGUCCCCAAAAACUGUGGGUAACCAUAAAAAGAUACAUUUUAUAAACUUGCAUACAUCAUUAUUAAAACAUUAGAUUGAAAUGACAGUAUUCAGAUUAUCUUGCAUUACUUUAAUUUUUUUUAAAUGAUUUUCCAAAGCUACUUAAGCUCCAUGUGCUUAAAGCAUAUACUAACCUCUAAGUUUGGUAAUAAUUUCUCAAAUUAUUUAUUCAUCACCUUUUGCUUUCUUUUAAUUUCUAUUUACAUAUACUUUUAUUUCUAUAUUUUCACUGUCAUAACUUUUCCUUAUAUUUUUAUUUGCUGUGUGUCAUAUCCAUGUCUAUGUAAUAUAGUUGUUUCAUUUUUGCUCUCUCUUUUUACGCCCAAUAAAAGAGAUUUUUCUUGCUGUUUUGAUUUCUUCUGUUAUUGAUGGAAUGAAUCUUACCCCCUUAAAUAUCUUGUUUAUGUCUUAUGUUACAGUCAUAUCUUAAUAUGCUUCCUUCAUGUUGAAAUGUUGAUUUCUCAGCUAAAAACCACCUUAGAAUCUUUAAAUACCUGGUAUAUCAUUUAUUCAGAUUUUGACAUCAACUCCAAUGUUUGAGACUCAUGUUUUUUAUGUCUUCCCAUAUUCUACUGUCAAGUUUAGUCAGUUCCAUAUCAAGAAUGGACUGCCUUUCCUUUACAAAAUUAUUUUAUAACACCUUUGGUAGAAAGACCUCAUGACUGAAACGUGGAUUUCACUUCCAUAUUUUCAUUGUGAUAAAGUAGAAUGAGGAAAAUGAAUGGUUCCAAUGCUUCAUAGAUGGUCUACCAAUCGGCAAACUAGCAAGGCAAAGCAUAUACCUGUUAUUAGUGGAUCAUGUUUUUAUCUUAAUGCCACAAACAUGUCCUUGCUAUCACAGGACUUGUGCAUUCAGAUUUUUUUAAAGUAAGAAUAGGUGAAGAAAACUGCUUCUACUAUUCAAAUAAUAUAAGAUGUCAGUUUGUUUUGAGGUUUUCGUCUGAAACAUUUGGCAAACACAUUCAAUGUUGAUCACAUUAUUACUCUGAAUGCCUACUCUUAUGAUUCAAAGUUUUCCUGAAUAUAAUAGAGUAUUAGCUCUUAUAUCAAAAUUGGAAAUGUACACUUAUGUACCCUCUACCAGAAGGGCAGAAACUCUUCACCUUAACGUAUGUGCUUAUCCAAGUUGUUUAGCUUCUUGUAAAAGUGUUUUCCUUUGACUCAUUACUGCCUUUUGUCAAAUAAUCUUGAUAAUGCUGUAUAAUAAAUAUUUUCUAUU